GGGACCUCCACCUGGUUUUCAGUGCCUCCUUUCUCCGUCGGCUGGGCGGGCGACGUGGUCGGCGUCAUGGUGGAGGAGGUACAGAAACAUUCUGUGCACACGCUUGUGUUCAGAUCAUUGAAGAGGACCCAUGAUAUGUUUGUGGCUGAUAAUGCAAAGCCAGUACAGUUAGAUGAAGAGAGUCACAAGCUAAAGAUGUCUGUCAAACUUCAUACAGAAUAUGGUCCUGUGUUACACAUGCCUAUUUUGAAAGAAAAUCUUAGAGAGAAAGGUUCUCAGAGUGCAGUGGAUGCAUAUGGGCAUAAACAGUAUCCUGCCAAUCAAGGACAAGAAAUUGAAUAUUUGGUAACUGGUACACAUCCGUAUCCACCAGGACCUGGUGUGGCUUUGACGGCAGAUACCAAAAUUCAAAGAAUGCCAAGUGAAUCUGCAGCACAGUCUCUAGCUGUGGCUCUACCUCCUUCACAAUCCAGGAUAGAUGCAAACCGUACUUCAGCUACUGUAGGUGAUAUUUACCGACAUGCUGGACUUCCUGAACGUUCACAGCCACCUGGGUUAGCUGUGGCUAUGAUGGAAGCUGGGGGCACCAAGAAUGCUGCAAUGAUGGCCAAAAAGGCACCUACAAUGCCUAAACCACAGUGGCAUCCACCAUGGAAACUAUACAGAGUCAUUAGUGGACAUCUAGGCUGGGUUCGAUGCAUUGCAGUAGAACCUGGGAAUCAAUGGUUUGUUACUGGUUCUGCUGAUAGGACUAUAAAGAUCUGGGACCUGGCUAGUGGCAAAUUAAAAUUAUCAUUGACUGGACAUAUCAGUACUGUACGAGGGGUGAUAGUAAGUGCAAGGAGUCCAUACCUGUUUUCCUGUGGAGAAGAUAAACAGGUGAAGUGCUGGGAUCUUGAAUACAAUAAGGUCAUCAGACACUAUCACGGACAUCUAAGUGCAGUGUAUGGUUUGGAUUUGCACCCAACAAUUGAUGUGCUUGUGACAUGUAGUAGAGAUUCAACUGCACGGAUAUGGGAUGUGCGGACAAAAGCCAGUGUACACACAUUGGCAGGGCAUACGAACGCAGUGGCUACAGUAAAGUGUCAAGCUGCAGAACCACAAAUCAUUACAGGAAGCCAUGACACAACCAUACGAUUAUGGGACUUAGUAGCAGGAAAAACACGUGUUACCUUAACGAAUCACAAAAAGUCUGUUAGAGCAGUGGUUUUGCAUCCAAGACAUUACACAUUUGCAUCUGGUUCUCCAGAUAAUAUUAAACAGUGGAAAUUCCCUGAUGGAAACUUCAUUCAAAACCUUUCUGGUCAUAAUGCUAUAAUUAAUACGUUAAGUGUGAAUUCAGAUGGUGUACUGGUAUCUGGAGCGGAUAAUGGCACUAUGCAUCUUUGGGACUGGAGAACUGGAUAUAAUUUCCAGAGAGUACAUGCAGCUGUGCAACCUGGCUCUUUGGACAGUGAAUCAGGAAUAUUUGCUUGUGCAUUCGACCAGUCUGAAAGCCGAUUACUCACUGCAGAAGCUGAUAAAACCAUUAAAGUAUAUAGAGAAGAUGAUUCAGCGACCGAAGAAACUCAUCCAGUCAGCUGGAAACCAGAAAUUAUCAAGAGAAAAAGAUUUUAAAGUCCAACAUGUACAUAAUUGUGCCAUUGUUUUAUUUUGGCUUUUAUAAAUGCAUUCAACCACAUUGUGCUCUAUAUAUAGGAUUAUAAAGCAGAAACUCAGCAGAAGUCAUUACUGCUUCAUCACAUUUUACAAUAAAACCC